UAUAACUGCUUAAUGCAGUUUACAUUGCGUACAAUAUUAAAUGUCCAAUCAGAAGAUUUGUUUUCUAGAGAUUUUAAGCAAAAUCUUUACCCGGCUUGACGUAAAGGCAGGUUUGAAUAUCACUGAACUCGCAUCGCGUGCGUGAUCCAAUAGCGUGCAAGCAGCGAAGCAGCCCAAUGGCAACAAAUUACUUGUUGCGCGUCACAAUCUCUUUGCAGUCUUCAGUAGCUCCGUUUUUGUCGUCGUGGAGCAUCGCUGCUGAGAAUCGUUACAGCGUUAUAUUACGACAUCGUCUUCAGUAAAGACAUGAUUCGAAUGAAACGAGAACAAGAAAAAAAAGGAGAACAAGAGUGAGAGAAAGUCAAUGUGCGAAACGACGCGCCCCUUGACGUAGGCCAUUUUGCGUGGCGUCGAGACUGAUAGAAGGGCCUGUUCCUCCAGGGGCAAGUGCGCCCGUUCUUUCGUUCCAGAUACGUGUUUGUGCAGAACUCGACACACGGAAUUAUUUGAGCUUGGUUCUCUUUCAUCGGAGUUUACGCUCUCUUGGACCAGCGAUUAAAGUUCAGACAGGACAUCACAUCACGGUGAUCUGAAACGGAAGCAACAAGUAAGACGGCCGAAAUCGGAAAGUCGGUGAGCGUGCGAAAGUGGCUUGUCAAGGAGAAAUCUCUGCGAAUCAAAUAAGGAACAUUAUUCCCGAAAUCAAAAACGCACACAACACGAUGGAAGAAACAGCGGAGAAGAUAAAAAUCAUAAAGAUAGAAGAAUGUGGUAAUGUGGUGAUUGAGAAUACAACUACAGAGAUCUUGUUUGAUUCAAAUGGCUCACAGGAUGAACCUGUUAUAGUAGCUACAGGACCUGAUAUGAAAGUUAUUUCUGAAAACGGUCAGAUUCUAUCGAUUAUAAAUGAUUAUGAAUGUGUGACAUGUCAUCGUGUUUUCCAAUCUGAGGAUAUGUUAAAGGAGCAUUUAGAUAUGUGCAGAGAGGAAGAUGAUUCAACUAAUGUUAUGGUAUUUGACGAUAUGACAAUUUACGUUUCGGAAGAAGAGGAAGAAGAAGAUGAAGAAGAGGACGAGGAUGAUUUAAAUGAAGAUUCAGAUUCCAAGAGCCAAAAAAAUAACAAUGAGAAGCCUAUGAUUAAACCUGUAUCGGAUACACAAUGCCAUUGCUGUGCAGAAGACUUAAAAACAGCGCACAAUGGUGGAGAGUUCAAAUGUUCCCACUGCGACCUCAGUUUUAAGAAGAAGUCAUCUCUGGAGAGGCACAUUAUAGUUAUACAUUGGAAGUGCGACUCGUUUACAUGCAAUGAAUGUGACUCUUCCUUCCGUGAUAAAAAAGCCUUGAACAAGCAUCGUUAUACGACACAUGGCGAUCAUAAAAUUUUUAGAUGUGAGCCAUGUGACACCUAUUUUUCUCGGAGUUACCACUUAAAUCGGCACAUAAUGCAGUCUGGUUGUCACGGCAAUAUACUUAAUACUUUUAGUUGUCAAGUUUGCAAAAAAGUUUUUACACGUAAAGAUAAUUUGCGUGAACACUUACGCACUCAUGCUGGAACGCCCCAGAGACAAAAGAAGCCUUGUAAAUAUUGCCCAAAGGAGUUUUACACGAGCCAACAAUUACUGAUACAUGAGCGCAUGCAUACAGGAGAGCGACCGGUUCAAUGCGAUUUGUGUCCGAAAACAUUCCUGUCGGCGCUUGCACUGAAAAAGCACCGGCGUGUACAUACCGGGGAGAAGCCAUUUGAAUGUAAAUUUAUAGAUAUAAUAAUUUAUCGCAAAAUUAUUAUUACAAGCUAUCAUUGUGGAUGGAAAGAUAUUGCUUGUCACAGAAAGUUCGCUGCUCGUGAAACACUGAAUCGUCAUCAGCGUACUCACACCGGCGAAAAACCGCAUGUAUGCCAAUACUGCGGAAAAUCGUUCAUUCAGGCAGCUCAAUUAAGGGCGCACGUGUUUCAUCAUACUGGUGAAAAUGGUUUUUAUUGCGAUGUCUGCGGUAAAGCGUUCAAUCGAAAAGCGCGCUUAAAUAUUCAUAAGAAAUUUGUACACGAGGGAGCGAUUCCGUUUAUGUGCCAGGUCUGCGAUAAAGGUUUCACGCGAAGAGAAGACUUGGUAAAACAUGCACUGCUACACACUGGAAUAAAACCUUUUAAAUGUGACAAAUGUCCGAAAGCCUUCUCGGCAAAGUCAUCGUUGCAGGCUCACCUCAACACUCAUAGACGCGAGCCGCCUCAAUCAUGCGUAGAGUGCAACAGAGUCUUCAUCCGACAAGAUUGCUUAAUGCGGCACAUUCGAGCAAAGCAUCGAGAACUAUUGGAGGAUGUCAUGAACGAGGUCGAGAAGAAGCAUUUGCAGACACAGAUGUAUAAUAUCGCGACAAUCGCUGCGGCUAAAACGAAAACUGGAGAAUCCAGAAAGCUUUCCACCGACGAAUUAAUGAAGGCCAUCAUAGAUCUUUUAAAAAUACUUAUUGACGAAGAAACAUUACAACUGUUUGGUUGGCCGGAAGCUCCGAUACAAGACAUUCUUGAAGCCGUGAUCAGAAGAUGCGGACACGAGCCAGUAACAUCGGAAUCCUGUAUGUUGUUCACGGACAGAAUGCGACAAAACAUCAAACUUCUUUUCACUGUUGUAAUUGAAGAUGAGUCAGUGAAGUCACUCUUGACGACGAAAACAGUGGACGAUGUCAUUCUUCAUGUUUUAGAGAUAUCUAACAAACAAACUUAGGAUAAUACAAACUUAGGAGAAAAGUUAUUGAAGGAAUUGUAUAUCAUAAUGCAACAAAAGCGUUUCCACUUUUUUUAAGGAUAUUUCAAGAUUUACAAAAUGCAAGAAAAGGAAAGUAAUAGUUUAACUACAUAAUGAAGGAUAUAACAUUGGGAAAAAGGUUUGCAAAUUUUUUUUUAAUUAAUGAAUUUUAUUUUACUGAUAGGAGAUAUUAACAUCAUGUGUUGCAGUAAUAAUUAAUUUUAAAGUAUUCAUUGAAAUAAAGAUUUAGAUCAUUGAU